AUGCUGGCACUGCAGGUUUGUGAAGUUGAGGGUAGAAUCCAGGACCAGGAGGAGGAGCGGAAGGAGAAAGAGGAAGAGGCGGCAGUGGUGGGUGCGUCCCCCGGCGGGCAGGCUCAGGACUCGCCCAGGUCUUCUCAGCCUCUGCGGAGAAAGGUCCAGAAUGAGGGCCCCGCAGAGGUCCACCUCGGGGUGCACCCCCUGCAGAACAGGUGGGCUCUGUGGUUCUUUAAGAAUGACCGCAGCCGGGCCUGGCAGGACAACCUGCAUCUCGUCACCAAGGUUGACACCGUGGAGGACUUCUGGGCGAUGUACAGUCACAUCCAGCUGGCCAGCAAGCUCUCCGCCGGCUGUGACUACGCCCUGUUCAAGGAUGGCAUUGAGCCCAUGUGGGAAGACAGCAAGAACAAGAGGGGUGGCCGCUGGCUCAUCAGUCUGGCCAAGCAGCAGCGCCACAGCGAGCUGGACCGACUGUGGCUGGAGACGCUGCUGUGUUUGAUCGGGGAGAGCUUUGCGGAGCACAGCAGAGAGGUCUGCGGGGCCGUGCUCAACGUCCGCACCAAGGGAGACAAGAUCGCCGUGUGGACCAGGGAGGCCGAGAACCAGGCGGGCGUGCUGCACAUCGGGCGGAUAUACAAAGAGCGCCUGGGCCUCUCCACCAAGACCAUCAUCGGCUACCAGGCCCACGCCGACACAGCCACCAAGAGCAACUCCCUAGCCAAGAACAAGUUUGUGGUGUGA